CUUAUUCCUAAAUCUGCUCAUGGUACAAAUCCAGCAAGUGCACAAAUGGCAGGGAUGAAGAUUCAGCCAAUUGAAGUGGAUAAAAAUGGGAGCAUUGAUAUCUCCCAUCUAAAAGCAAUGGUGGACAAGCACAAAGAGAGCUUGGCAGCCAUCAUGAUCACAUACCCUUCCACCAAUGGUGUGUUUGAAGAAGAGAUCGGAGAUGUAUGUGACCUGAUUCACAAACAUGGAGGCCAGGUUUACCUAGAUGGAGCAAAUAUGAAUGCCCAGGUGGGUCUGUGUCGUCCUGGAGAUUAUGGCUCUGAUGUCUCUCACUUAAACCUUCACAAAACCUUUUGCAUUCCCCAUGGAGGAGGAGGACCUGGAAUGGGACCAAUUGGAGUGAAGAAACAUUUGGCUCCUUACUUGCCUACCCACCCUGUCAUCAAAAUACAGCUGGAUAAGGAUGCAUGUCCUUUGGGUACUGUCAGUGCUGCACCUUGGGGUUCCAGUGCUAUAUUGCCAAUUUCCUGGGUGUAUAUCAAGACAAUGGGAGCAAAAGGUCUGAAACAUGCUUCUGAGAUUGCUAUACUAAAUGCAAACUACAUGGCAAAGAGGCUAGAGAAGCACUACAAAAUCCUCUUCAGAGGAACAAGAGGUUAUGUAGCCCAUGAAUUCAUUUUGGAUACAAGACCUUUCAAAAAAACAGCAAACAUUGAAGUUGUAGAUCUUGCUAAGAGACUUCAGGAUUACGGUUUUCAUGCUCCAACCAUGUCCUGGCCAGUGGCAGGGACACUUAUGAUUGAACCCACGGAGUCGGAAGACAAGGCAGAGCUGGACAGAUUUUGUGAUGCAAUGAUCAGUAUUCGACAGGAAAUUGCAGAAAUAGAGGAGGGCAGGAUGGACCCCCAAAUUAACCCACUAAAGAUGUCACCACAUACUCUGAACUGUGUCACUUCUUCCAAGUGGGAUCGUCCUUAUUCCAGAGAACUGGCAGCAUUCCCACUACCAUUUGUGAAGCCUGAAAGCAAGUUUUGGCCCACAAUUGCUCGCAUUGAUGACAUAUAUGGAGAUCAACAUCUAGUUUGUACCUGCCCACCAAUGGAAGCCUACGAAUCUCCCUUUUCUGAACAGAAGAGAGCAUCUUCGUAAGACUGCUUCCAGCUGUCUGGAUUUCUGAGUCCAUCAGGAUGGCCUUUUCCUCCCAGACCUGAUAGGGGAUUUAUAUACUAUGUAUAUUUUGGAUAAUCACUAUGUUUGUUAAUUGAAUCACUGCUCAGUUAAAAUGUAAAUACAAUCAACAUGUUAGGUGUAAACAAAAUAUGAUUGUUCCACAGCAGUUGAUGUUGAAGUUGCCUUGAUUCAGCAUUUGUCUGUUUUGUGCUAAAAUUUUAACAAUUGACACCCAAUUUGCAAAGUGGCAUGUAAGUUAUGGUUAAAAUAGUAGAAAAGAUGCAGAUGCAUAAGGCAAUAGUAAUGAAUAUUAACUGCAGGACUAAUUGUUUACAUUUUGUAAAACAAGAUGAAGUAGAUUGUUUAAUGUACUUCACGUAUUACCACUAGCAUUGCUAGUGUUAAUAUUUCAUACUGUUUUUUUUACCUACCAAUGUUAGUACUGUAAUAAAAUUAGUCAGAAUUUUAAGUGU